AUGGAGCUGACGUUGGCGCUCAUCAAGCCGACGGUGUGUGCAUUCCCGCCGCAUAUUUUACAUGCGGUGCGCAGGAUACAGGCGCAUCCGUCGCUGGCUAUUGCCCGAUCCACGUCGUUCCACUGGACGCCUGACGCGGCAGCUGCCUUUUAUGCCGAGCACCAAGGCAAAUUUUACUAUGAGCGACUGAUCCUCGGCAUGACAUCCGGGCGCGCGAUAGGACUCGCACUGGCAGGCCCUCAUGCCAUUCGAGAUUGGCGGCAGCUUAUAGGGCCAACGAAGGCAUAUCGGACGGCAUGGGAACAACCUGAAUGUCUUCGUGCUCAGCUGGGUCUGGGCGAUACGCGCAAUGGCUUCCACGGCUCUGACUCGACCGCUUCUGCAAUGAAGGAGCUUGGGCUCGUAUUCCCCGAAUGGGACGCCGCCGCAUGGCUCCAGUCCUGUACAUAG